AUGGAGUCAGUGCUCUGCUAUGAGUCCAGUAAUGCUUCAUGUCUGAGGACCAUCUAUCCCUUGCCCAUACGCAUUGCCCUCUACAUGAUCCUAGGGGUCACAGUCAUUCUAACAGUAUGUGGAAACCUUUUGGUCACUGUCUCAAUUGCCUAUUUCAAGCAACUCCACACUCCAACCAAUUACCUCAUUGCCUCUCUGGCUGUGUCUGACCUUCUUUUAGGAUUGUUAGUCAUGUUCCCCAGUAUGAUUCAGUGUGUAGAGACUUGCUGGUAUUUUGGUGACAUCUUCUGUAAAGUCUACUUGAGUUCUGAUGUCAUGCUGUGUACAGCAUCAAUUCUAAAUCUGUCAUUCAUAUCACUUGACCGGCACUAUGCUGUUUGCCAACCUCUACUAUACAGAAGAAAAAUAACUGUUAACGUUGUGUUGAUCAUGAUCCUGCUCAGUUGGAGUAUUUCAGCUCUCACAGGCUUUGGAAUGAUUUUUCUGAAGUUAAAUAUUUGGGGGAUUGAGGAGUUCUACUACAAUCACGUUGCAUGUGAGGGAGGAUGUGUCUUGUUUCAGAGUGGACUGUCAAGCACAGUCUCAUCAGUACUUUCUUUUUACAUUCCAGGAAUAAUAAUGCUUGGUGUUUACCUGAAGAUUUUCUUAGUGGCACAGCGACAGUUACGCAGCAUAAAGAAUAUAAGUCAUAUAAGCUCAGCAAAAGUAUCAAACCCAAGUCAGACUAAAGCCACUAAAACACUUGCUAUCAUAAUGGGGGCAUUUCUUUCUUUUUGGACUCCUUUUUUUGUCUGUAACAUCAUUGAUCCUUUUAUCAAUUACUCAACUCCACCAGCAGUCUUUGAAACAUUUGUCUGGGUGGGCUACUUGAAUUCUACUGCAAACCCUUUAAUAUAUGCAUUUUUUUAUAGCUGGUUCAGAAAGGCAUUUCGAUUAUUCACUUCAGGUAACAUCUUUAAAUCUAACAUGUCAGAGACAACACUUUUCAGUGAAUAA